AUGCCUCCUAUCAAGAGAAAGGCAGGCGGCAGCGCUGUGCAGGGAGGACUCAAGGCUGGCCGGUCCUCGCGCAUGUCGACGCCUGGAGGCACGACUCCCCGCAGCAUCGAUAGUGGCGAUGAGGUGGUGGAGGAGGAUGAUGCGCCGCUGGACGAGGAGCUGGAGCAGGACAUCGACAAGAAUAUAGAUCGCUUCUCGCUGGGGCGGUACCAGAAGAAGCAUCACAUCCGGGAGCCUCUCCCGCACAUCUUUGGUAGCAAUGAUUUCUCGUACCUCGAUCUCAAGAAAGAUCAUCAGAACCGGCCGCUUUGGAUUGACCCUCAGAAGGGCAGGAUCAUCCUCGAGAGCUUCAAUCCACUGGCGGAGCAGGCCCAAGACUUCCUCAUUACCAUUGCCGAGCCCUUGUCGCGCCCGACGUUUAUGCAUGAAUAUGCCCUCACAACGCAUAGUCUCUACGCCGCGGUCUCCGUUGGCUUGUCGCCUCAUGACAUUAUAAAUACCCUCGAUCGCUUUCUCAAGACGCCUCUGCCGGACGAGAUCCGAUCCUUUAUCGAGAGCUGCACCCAGAGCUACGGAAAGGUCAAGCUCGUCCUGAAGAAUACCAAGUACUACGUCGAGAGUCCAGAUCCCAACAUGCUGCAGAUGCUACUCAAGAACCCCAGGAUUGGCCCUCUCCGCGUGCAAGGAACGGCAGAAAUCACGACAUCCGCCGCGCCCAAGCUGGGCAACCUCGUCAUUCCUGGUACGAAGAAUGCUGCAGGUGCCAAACAGGCGAACGGUUUGCAGCCGGCAAACGGCGAGCAAGCGCAAGAUGGCCAACCGGCCAUGCAGGGAGGCGACGUGCUCGCUCGACUGGGCGAGGAAGAUGAUGACGACCAGGAGGUGACGCACUCGUUUGAGAUUGCCGAUAAAGAUGUCGAGACGGUCCAGAAGGAAUGUCUCAACCUGGGGUUCCCGGUCCUCGAAGAGUACGACUUCCGACGAGAUGAAGUCAACGCGACGCUGGAUAUCGAUCUCAAGCCGGGCACCCAGAUCCGACCGUACCAGGAAAAGAGCCUGAGCAAAAUGUUUGGUAACGGCCGUGCCAAGAGUGGCUUGAUCGUCUUGCCCUGCGGAGCUGGAAAGACGCUGGUUGGCAUUACCGCAGCGUGCACUAUCAAGAAGGGUGUCAUUGUGCUAUGCACAAGUUCCAUGUCCGUGGUGCAAUGGCGAAACGAGUUUUUGAAGUGGUCCAAUAUUAAUCCAGACGAUAUUGUCGCCUUUACGUCGGACUCCAAAAACAGCGUCUUCACGGGAAGCACCGGCAUCAUCGUCACAACCUAUUCCAUGGUUACUCAGUCCAGAGCUCGAUCGUAUGAUGCUGAGAAAAUGAUGAGAUUCCUUACUGGGCGAGAAUGGGGCUUGAUGCUUCUGGACGAGGUGCACGUCGUGCCCGCCAACAUCUUCCGAAAAGUCACAUCUUCCAUCAAGACACACUCUAAGCUGGGAUUGACGGCCACAUUGCUCCGAGAGGACGACAAAAUCUCUGAUCUCAAUUUCCUCAUUGGGCCAAAACUGUUCGAGGCCAACUGGAUGGAGCUAUCCAAGCAGGGUCACAUUGCUCGAGUGCAAUGCGCCGAAGUUUGGUGUCCCAUGCCUACCGAGUUCUAUGACGAGUAUCUUCGGGCGCCAUCGCGCAAGAAGAACCUGCUCUACAUCAUGAACCCGCGCAAGUUCCAGGCCUGCCAGUACCUGAUCAAUUACCACGAAUCCAGAGGCGACAAGAUCAUUGUCUUCUCGGAUAACGUAUACGCGUUGAAAGCAUACGCGUUAAAGUUGGGCAAGGCCUUCAUCUACGGCGGUACUGGCCAGGCAGAACGUCUACAAGUGUUGGAGAAUUUUCAGCACAACCCGCAAGUCAAUACGCUAUUCCUCUCAAAGAUUGGAGACACAUCUCUGGACCUGCCGGAGGCCACAUGUCUGAUUCAAAUCUCGUCGCAUUACGGUUCUCGACGUCAAGAGGCCCAGAGACUCGGUCGUAUCCUUCGAGCCAAGCGAAGAAAUGACGAGGGUUUCAAUGCGUUCUUCUACUCUCUCGUCUCUAAAGAUACGCAGGAAAUGUACUUUUCCUCGAAGCGACAGGCCUUUUUGGUUGAUCAGGGCUACGCUUUCAAAGUGAUUACGCAGCUGGCGAACAUUGAGAAGACGCCCGGGCUGGCGUUUGCAACGGCGACUGAGCGUCGCGAGCUGCUACAAAAGGUACUGGUCGAGAAUGAGACGAUGGAUGACGAAGACAUCACGGAUGAUCUGUUUCACAGUGGUACAAUGGGCCGAAAGAAGAAGAAGGGAGCUGCCCGCCGAACAGCCGGCACACUGGGCGAGCUCAGUGGCGGACAAGACAUGGCUUACAUUGAGCAGAAUAAGAAGAUGAAUGGUGCUUUCAAGAAAGGAAAGGGGAAGAAAGAGAGCAGCGCAUUCUUCAAGAAGAUUGGACGAGAAAAUGCCAGGCGAGUCGCCUUGGGUUAG